GGUAUAUUCACACUAAAUAUAAUGGACUCUAAAUUCUUAAAGAAUACUCUCUCAAACAUUAACCAACAAUUACAAAACAAUGUUGUUGUCAGCAAAGUUUUAGAAAACAAAUUUGUUAAAGAACACAAGGGUAUUGCCACCGCUGCUGGUUUAGGUUUAGGUGUUGUUGCCGCUGCCACUCUCAUCAAAGCUUGCAAAAGUGAAGGUAAAAGAUACAACUAUGAUGCCAUCCCAAAUCUUUCAUUCGAUGAUGAAGAAAUCUAUGAUGUUGCCACCAUUGGUGCUGGUCCAUCAGGUUCAGUCUUAGGUUAUUAUUUAGCCAGAGAAGGUAGAAAAGUUGCCUUAUUAGAAAAGAAAGAAUUCCCAAGAGAUAAAUUCUGCGGUGAUGCCGUUGCUACUAUGGCUCAAGAUAUUCUCCGUGAAAUGGGUGUCAUGAAAGAACUCGUUGAUGAAGAUUUAGGUCAUUUUGCCCAAAAUGGUGGUUUUGUUUCACCAAAUGGUAACUCAUUCAUUGGUAACUCUGCCAAAGAAUUAAAACGUGAUGCCAAAUACAACAGAGGUGCUGUUAUUGCCGUCAAACGUAUCGUUUUAGAUGAAAAAGUUGCCAAAGCUGCCAAACGUAUGGGUGCUGACUUAAAAGAAAACACCACCGUCCAAUCAGCCACUUUUGAUGCCUCAACUGGUGUCUGGACCAUCAACUGUUUCGAUAGCAACAACGAAGAAAAGAAAAUUACCUACAAAGCUCGUGUUUUAGUCUGUGCUGAUGGUUCACCAUCCGCCGCUGCCCGUCAAUUAGGUUACGUUCACACCGAACCAAACGGUAUUUGCUCAAGAGCCUACGUUAAAAACAAUACCACUUUCAGAUAUGAUGGUGUUGUUUUCUACCCACCAUCACUCUUACCAGGUUAUUGCGCUAUCAUUCGUGAAGCUCGUGAUGAACUCAACUAUUUAGCUUAUAUCAUUCCAGGUGGUAAAGUUACCAACGACGAUUUAUCCAAAUAUCACCACCAAUACAUGACUGAAGAUCCAUUCAUUUCAGCUGCUCUUGGUCCAAACCCAGAUAUUGAACGUAUGAAAGCCGCCCCACUCCGUCUCGGUGGUAUUAAAAAAUCAUAUGAUGAUCAUUUAUUAAUUGUUGGUGAUGCUGCCGGUUUCAUCGAUCCAUUAACUGGUGAAGGUAUCCAAUACGCCAUGGAAGGUUCAAGAUUAGCCGCUCAAGCUUUAAUCCAAGCUUUCAACGAACGUGAUUUAUCACACCAAUCACUCAAGAGAUAUCAAGACCUCUGGAUGGCCAGAUUCGGUCACGAAUUCAGCAUGUCCAUGACCAUGUCACUUUUAUUAUACAGAUUCCCAAUCGUUUUAGAUGCUGCUGCUUCUUUAAUCGAAAAGAGAGGUUCACGUUUCCUUGCUGAAUGGGCUGCUGUUAUGACUGGUAUGAAACCAAAGACUUGGUUCUUACGUCCAGAUGUUGGUCCAUUAAUUCUCUUAGAAAUCUUUGGUGAAUGUUUCCGUAGAGUUUUUUCAAAAAAACAACAAAAAAAAUUAAACUAAAUUAAAUGUCAAAUUUUAUAAAAUAAUCUUUUUGUUAAAUAAUAAUAAUAAUAAUAAUAAUUUAAAAAUAAAACUAUAAUAAUAUAAAACUUUUUUUUUUAAAAAAAAAAAAUCAAUUUCGGUAAUAAUAAUAAUAAAAUAACAAAAAUAAUAAAAAAAAAGUUUCAUAAAUAAUUUUGGUUUUUCAAAAAUUUAUAAUCCUAUAAAUCGAGAGCUAAAAUUAUAUUUUUUGAACUUUUUUUAUUAUUUUUAUUAAUUGUUUAAUUAAAU